UCGGUGAAAAGACAAUUUGGUUUGGUGAUAUUAAGAGGUCAGCUUGUCAUCUAACAUCUCUGUUAGUAAGUGAAGCAGGCUAAGGAGGAGCUCGCACAUAGUUCCAUUUGGGAGCAGAGCAGUCCCGGACAGUGCUUCGGACCUCUAAUCCAGAGACCAUCAAGAAUCUCCUGAAGAUUAUUUAAAGGGCUUCACUCUUAAAUUGGAAAGAAGCAUCAUGUUGAGUAAAGACCUUCCAGACAUUGAGAGCCUCCUGGCUCUGAAUCCCAGGGUGAACACUCAUGCUCACAUCAUGUCCACAGCAGAUAAGAAGAAAGAAAAGAAACACUGGAAAAGAAACCCUGAGAGAAACUGUGACUCUUGUGUGACGUUGGAGAACAACUUUGAUGACAUCAAACACACAACACUGAGCGAGCGCGGAGCUCUACGAGAAGCACUAAGGUGUCUAAAAUGUGUCGAUGCUCCCUGUCAGAAGAGCUGCCCGACUAACCUGGACAUCAAGUCAUUCAUUACAAGCAUCUCUAAUAAGAACUAUUAUGGCGCAGCUCGGGUCAUCCUAUCUGACAACCCCCUGGGUUUGACCUGUGGAAUGGUUUGCCCCACAUCAGAUCUCUGUGUAGGAGGCUGUAACCUGUAUGCAUCUGAGGAAGGACCUAUCAACAUCGGGGGGUUACAGCAGUUUGCCACUGAGGUAUUCAGUAAGAUGGGCAUCCCUCAGGUCAGGAAUCCUGAACUCCCACCGCCUGAUGAGAUGCCAGAGUCUUACCACAGCCCCAUUGCUCUGAUUGGCUGUGGCCCAGCAUCAAUCAGCUGUGCUACCUUCCUGGCCCGUCUGGGAUAUGAAAAUAUUACUAUAUUCGAGAGACAGAAAUACAUUGGAGGGCUGAGCACAGCAGAAAUCCCCCAGUUCCGACUUCCCUAUGAGGUUGUCCAGUUUGAAGUAGAUCUGAUGAAAGAUCUGGGAGUGAAGGUGGUGUGUGAGAAGGGUCUUGGUGUGAACGGAAUGACUCUGACGUCCCUGAAGGAGGAAGGAUAUAAAGCUGUCUUUAUUGGCAUUGGUCUCCCUCAGGCCAACAGAGCUGCAAUCUUUAAGGAUUUGACCAUGGAUCAAGGCUUCUUCACCUCCAAAGACUUUCUGCCCAUGGUGGCUUUAGCAAGCAAGAAAGGUAUGUGCCAUUGUCGUAGCUCUCUGCCGGAGUUAAGAGGCAUAGUGAUCGUUUUGGGUGCUGGAGACACUGCGUUCGACUGCGCCACCUCUGCUCUUCGCUGUGGAGCCAAGAGAGUGUACGUCUGCUUCAGGAAGGGAUUCACCAACAUCAGGGCUGUUCCUGAAGAGAUGGAGCUGGCUAAAGAAGAGCAGUGUGAGUUCCUGCCCUUCCUCUCUCCUCGUGAGGUCAUCAUGAAGAAUGGCCGGGUUGCCGGGUUACAGUUGUGUCGCACCGAGCAGAACGAGGAAGGAGAUUGGCUGGAAGAUGAGGACCAGGUUGUCAGGCUGAAGGCCGAUUACAUCAUCAGUGCCUUUGGUUCCAUGUUGAAUGAACGGCAAGUGACUGAUGCCAUGGCUCCUGUGAAGAUGACCCGCUGGGGCACUCCAGAGGUCAACACAGACACCAUGCAGACCAGUGAGCCCUGGGUGUUUGCGGGUGGAGACAUAGCUGGUUUGGCAAACACCUCAGUGGAAUCAGUGAACGAUGGCAAACAGGCCUCAUGGCACAUUCACAGAUACAUACAGUCCCAGCAUGGACAGAUGGUGGACCCAGUCCCAAAGCUGCCAUUGUUCUACAGUGCUAUAGAUACGGUGGACAUCAGUGUAGAGGUUUGUGGAAUAAAGUUUCCCAACCCAUUUGGCCUGGCCUCCGCUCCUCCCACCACCAGCACGGCCAUGAUCAGAAGAGCUUUUGAACAAGGAUGGGGUUUCGCUCUGACCAAGACUUUUGGUCUGGACAAGGACCUGGUGACCAACGUGUCUCCUCGUAUCGUGCGUGGCACAACCUCAGGUCAUGUGUACGGACCAGGCCAGGGCUCCUUCCUCAACAUUGAGCUCAUCAGUGAGAAGACAGCAGCCUACUGGUGUCAGUCAGUGGCUGAGCUGAAGAGGGACUUCCCCAACAAUGUGGUGAUCUCCAGUAUAAUGUGCAGUUACAACAAGGAAGACUGGACAGAAAUAACUAAGAUGGCAGUGGCUUCAGGAGCAGAUGCACUGGAGCUGAAUCUGUCCUGUCCUCAUGGGAUGGGAGAGAGAGGGAUGGGACUUGCCUGUGGACAGGACCCGGUGAUGGUGCGUAACAUCUGUCGCUGGGUGCGUGAAGCCUCUCCCAUUCCGUUCUUUGCCAAACUGACACCAAACGUGACUAACGUUGUUGACAUUGCCAAAGCUGCUCAUGAAGGUGGAGCAGAUGGAGUCACUGCUACCAACACAGUGUCAGGUAUGAUGGGACUGAAGGCAGAUGGCUCGCCUUGGCCAAGUGUUGGAAAUGGAAAACGCACCACGUAUGGAGGCGUGUCAGGAAACGCCAUCAGACCCAUAGCUCUUAAAGCGGUAUCAGCGAUCGGCAGAGCAAUUCCUGGUUUUCCUAUUUUGGCCACUGGGGGCAUUGACUCAGCAGAGACUGGACUACAGUUUCUCCACGCUGGAGCGUCAGUGUUACAGGUGUGCAGCGCAGUUCAGAACCAGGAUUUCACAGUUAUUGAGGAUUACUGCGUAGGUCUGAAGGCCUUGUUGUACCUCAAGAGCAUGGAGCUGAAGGACUGGGACGGUCAGUCCCCUCCAACAGAGAGACACCAGAAAGGAAAACCAGUUCCCAGACUAGAAGAACUGGUUGGACAGAGCCUCCCCAGCUUUGGUCCAUACCUCCAGCGGAAGGAAGAAGCCCUUGCUGACUACAAGAAACAGCUCAGAAACACUGUUAAAACUGAUGUCGGGGAAACCCACGUCCCUCGGGUUGACUCGCCCAAAAGACCCGUCCCUGCUGUCAAGGAUGUGAUAGCCAGAGCGUUGCGGUACAUUGGAGCAUACCAGGACCUUGACAACAUAGAGCAGGUCCAGGCUCUGAUAGACGAAGAGAUGUGUAUCAACUGUGGUAAAUGUUACAUGACCUGCAAUGACUCUGGAUACCAGGCCAUAACGUUCGAUCCAGAUACCCACCUUCCGUUUGUGAAUGACAGCUGUACGGGCUGCAAUCUGUGCCUCAGCGUCUGUCCAAUCAUAGACUGCAUCAAGAUGGUUACCAGGAAAACACCCUAUCAACCUAAGAGAGGUGUACCCAUUAGUACCAUCUAAGAAAAACCAAAACUUUAUAUUUAACAAUGGAUAUCAGACAUUUCCAAUGUUGGGUUUUAUGGCUUAGUAAUUUUCAGUUUGAGACAUUGUUUCCUGUUAAUCUUAUUUAUCAUUUGAUGAUGUAAAGUGAUAGAGAUACGAGGUCCAAUAUGAGUAUCAGAGCGAUAGAUAGAUAGGGAGAGAGAGAGAUAGAAAGAGAGAGAGAGAAAGACAAUUUCCUGUUUUCUUAUUUCACCUCCAUUUGACCAUGUGAUUUUAUUUUAAUAGUUCUAGCUAAAUUGUUGAGUUAAAUAGUCACCAUAAAGGCCUCAAAACUAAUUUUUCAAUAAUUUAACUUUACUUCUGAUUUAGAUUACUUUAUCAAUUGUAAUUCCUUCAUUGUUGGUAUCCUUCUUUCCUUUGUGUUUGUUGUGAUGAUUGCCUAUUUCAAACCAAAUUUACUUCUACUGUACACGAAGUGUAUUGAUGUAAAAGGAAAUGCAUCUUUAAUACAGUAUAGUUUGUGAUUUAAAUAAAAGUUUUCUGAUGCAGCAAACCAUCUGUACAGAGGAACACAAGCCAA